UGAAAAACUCAAUUUGUGUAAAGUUAGACGUUACAAUAUAUUCAAAUUAUGGCAUAUUCAAGUCGUGAUGUUAACUUCAUAAUACCAAAUUAUGCAUUAGAUACAAGUUUAGCCACAAACAAAUUACGUAUUACUAUUCAAAUUCAAGGCUUAAAAUCAUCAACUAUAUUAGAAUUUCAUAAAAAGCUUAUCCCUAAACUAUACAAAAAAGCAUCAAAUGGUGAAAUAGUGUUUCAUCUAAAUAACGAUGGUUUCCUGUUUGAAUUUCGUGGGCUUAAUAAUUUAGCAGACUGUAAUUAUCAACUUCAUGUUAACAAAUUACCGGGUAUACUUGAUAAUAAACGAUCACAAUUAAUUGUACGUGAUGAUGCUGUAGAAAUUAUUCUCAUGAAAACUGAUGAUAGUUCAUGGUCAUCUGUUAUGACUGAAGGUUUACAUAUCGUUGAAAAUGAAAAGAAGUAAUUAUUUUUUUUAUGUGAUCAUUGUUUUUUUUCUUUUUUUUCGAAGACAUUCCAGUUUAUCAUAAACAUUACUUUCAAUUUACCUAUUUUUCCCUAUCAGUUUUUUUAAGGGUAAAUGUAAAUAUUUUAUUUGCUUUUUGGUUUGUAUCUUCAGUUCCCCGACGAAUGGUUUAUUUCUUGUUUAUUGCUAGUGACAAAAAAGUAUUCCUAAUCUUGAAAUGCCGUUUUCUUAAUUAACCAUACUAACAACCUUUUUGACAGAUGACUCAUGUAAAAAGAACGUUUCCUUUUUCUUCCUUAUUUUGGUUCCCUUGAUCUGCUGUAAGUGAAAUUAAGUUUACUAUAACAUUUUAUGACUGGUAUUACUUUUCUUUUUAAGUAAAGAUUAAUUUUAGGAAAUAAAUCUACUACUGAAUUAUC